GAGUGCGAGAGAGGUUCGCGGCGGUGGCUGACUGAUGGUCGGACAGAUGAAAUAGCGAAAAUAGAGAAAGAGAAGGCGGGCGUUCUCCCUCACAAAAUCAUGUUCCCUAAAGGCAAAGGGUCCGUUGUGCCGUCGGAUGGGCAAGCACGGGAAAAGUAAGUUUUCAAACAUAUUUCAUACCUAAUGCAUAUUGUACCCCCCGUUCCUCGGCUUUGUGGUUUGCCGGACAGCGAAUUUCCUCUUACCGAGGGGGAUGGAAUUGAAUGAACCGCCUUGUCUGCUCGCCAUUCGUUCCCGAUUCUGACUUCGGCUUUAUACUCUUCCUUGGCCUCAUUACUGAACGUAAAUGGUUGCUUUUAUUUUCAGUUCAGCGUCUGUAAACUAUAUCUAUAGAUUUUGUUUGUGGAAAAAUGAGUAUCGUGAACAAAUGCACCUUCCAAUUUGCUUUAUGUAUUUUUUCUGUUACAUUAAUUGAUUAAAAGGUUGCUUCCCCAAUGUUUCGGUUACUACUUCGUUUGAGUUCGCCGCUACGAAGGUCGUCUCCAACACUCAUUUAUCGACCUAUAAUUACGCGUUUUCUUCUUGGUUACAAUGUUUCCAAUUUGAAGUGUUUGGAAAGCCAUCGUGCGAAAAUACCCUUUGGAGUCGGUGUUCCAUGCAAAACGUUGAAUGAAAAUUCAGGGGUGUAUUCAUCCCGCCGAUUCUGUUGCAAAACGUUUCUUAAACUGAAGUGAACCAAAUGGGGCGGGACCUACCAGAAUUUCUCUAAUAGAAACUCUCGUUUUAGUUGAAAAACGGAACUGCAACUGUUUGGACAAAUGAUUACACCCCUGGUCUGUCGAUCAUGUGCCCCAAAGUGCAAGACAUCUUAGUUGAUUGGAGACCCAAACACCCAUUAGGCCUAAUUAAUUUACCUCCGUUUGUGUAGGCUAAUGUGUCUGCGUUGAAAUGGAGUCAAAUAAGGCUAAUUUAGAGUAGCCUAAAAUACUUGCUUUUUAUGCCAUAAUAUUAUUCAAACUGUUUUUUAUUUAUUUCACAGGUUAGCUUUAUACGUCUAUGAAUAUUUGUUACACAUAGGAGCACAGAAGUCCGCACAGACCUUUUUAUCAGAGGUGAGUAUCUUACUACUAACUGGAUAUCAGUCCUAUCCAUGUGACCAUACUUCAACAACAAACUAAUUCCCAUUUUGAAUCAAUAAAUGUCAUAGUUUUUUUUGUUAAAGUAGGCCCUAUUGUUCAUGCACAAUUUUUUUAUUCACCCCUUUUCCAGAUCCGAUGGGAAAAGAACAUCACACUCGGGGAACCCCCUGGGUUCCUACACUCUUGGUGGUGGUAAGUGUUCCGUAUGUCAAUCAGUGGAGGCUGCUGAGGGAGGACGGCUCAUAAUAAUGGCUGGAAUGGAGUCAAUGGAAUGGUAUCAAACGCGAUUUCCAUGUGUUUGAUGCCAUUCCGUUGACUCCAUUCCAGCCAUUAUUAUGAGCCAUCCUCCCCUCAGCAGCCUCCACUGAUGUCAAUACACCAUAUUGUAUCAUGUACAUUAUUCCGUUGCUCCACGAGCUGUGUGUCUUGUCCACAGUGUAUUUUGGGACCUGUAUUGCGCCGCACCAGAGAGAAGAGAGACGUGUGACCACUCCAGUGAAGCGAAGGCCUUCCAUGAUUACGUGAGUUCUGCUCCUCCUCAUAAGACUUGCUGCUGCACAUGUUGCUGGGGUUCUGCUGAAGAGCCUGGGCCCGUAUUCAUAACGCGUCUGAGUGCUGAUGUAGGAUCAGGUCCCUCUGUCCAUAUAAUCGUAUUCAUUAUGAUCUUAAAGGGAAAUCUGAUCCUAGAUCAGCACUCCUACUCUGAGACACUUUAUGAAUACAGGCCCUGGUUUCCUUUGAGCCUACAUGAAUGUAGAAUGAGAGCGCACCCAGAUGAGCAGAAUAAUAAAUAAAGACAUGUUUUGCUAUGAGUACCUGUUUUUCUCAGGUGUUGGAAAGCAAACUUAUGCAAUGAGUACUUUCCUCUGCUGUGAGAUCUAGACCUACUACAUAGAGACCCAUCUUCCUUGUUACCCCUUGUAUGGUUUUGAUGCCUUGGGUAGUGGCGAUAGAGAGAGGUAUCUUGGGCCAUACCUUCUAAUCUUAAUUUAAAUAGGCCCCAGUUGUACUCUCCUGCAUAUAGCUGGUGUGUUGCUCCUGCUCUCCGGGUAGUGUACAGAGUAUGUCAGAGCAGUAGGGCAGGAUGUUUCAGAGCCGUGUGUGUGUAGCUAUUUAUCAGGCUUCGUGGACUUCAGGUGUGUGUGAUGUAGGCUAUAGUUUGUCAGGGUGUCUCGGCAGCAUCCUAUAGCUGUCCAUCCAGCUGUCAUCUUGCCCUGACGAUGACCCUCCGACAGUACAGAGCUUAAAGGCUUCUGGGAAAACGGUGCUUACGUCAGCAUGUCCUGAGCCAGACAUGUCUGAUCUGAUGUGGACUCCCCCCUCCCUGUUUCUCCACCGUGCUGCAGCACUCACCUCUCACUACCUCUCAUUUCAUCACCCAGAGGAAAAAUACUGACCCAUGUUUCCUGUGAUUCAGACCUGGGUGUUGUUCAUUAGGGCACCAAACAGAAGAAGAAAAGACUGAAACAGGGAGGUAUUACCUGGACCUGUCCAAAAAGAAACGCUCAUUUUUGUUUUUGGUUGCAAAGUGUUUUCUAUUGCGUGCUCCAAUGGACAUGACCCUGCUCUCUGUUUGUUGUGUCCAGUCACUGUUGUGCAAUGUUCGUAAGCAGAGUUUGAGCAAAAUGGGUUCAGAUUCUCAAUUAUCUCGAAUGGUAGUGGCCAAGAGUAAAAAAAAAAAAAACGAAAGAUGAACCUGUCCCCAUCUUGUGCUACCAUGUUUUUUCCUGAACUUACAGGAUGGUAGUAGCCUACUCCAAUGGAACUCAAAUUCAUAGAGCUUGUAGUUUUCAAUAUAUUUCCACAGCGCUUGUGGCCUGUCACUAAACCUGGCUGUUGCAUAUUGACCAUUUGCAUAUUGUCUUUGCAUGUUCAGAACACUAUGCACUUGGGGAAAUGGCUUUAGUCUCCCCAUCAUCACUCCUAUCUCAUACUACUGCUGGUCAGGUCAGAGGUCAGACUUCCCCAGGACAGGUAGUCCAACCUGGGAGUGUCCAAAUAGCCUCCAUUCUUCCUCUUUCUGUUUUCUUCAUCUGUUAUGUUUUUUCACUAGGAACCAAAAAUGGACAAACAGGAAGGGACUAUCCUGAAGUUGUCCAAUGAGAAACGCUCGUUUUCAUUGCAAAACCUCUUCUGUUGCAAAAAACAAAUGUUUUGCUAUGGUGUGCACUAAUGAGUACACCCUUCACUGACCUAAGAAGACAAGAUAGGAGCCAGUACCAUAGCAGAAGCCCACUGAGGGAUGUACUUUCACCUGUACAGUGCUGCAGGCCACUAAGACCAGCCCAGACAAAGGAAAACAUACUAGUUGGAGAGGAGGCCACUGUAGACUUGAGAUCCACCCAUUGUGGGGUUGACAUCCCAGGAAGGGGUUAAAGCGGGGAUGUUGGGCCUUGCUCUUGCCAGAGAGGGUUGUCAAGGCAACAAUAGCCCUCCUGAUCUGGCAGGUGACCUGGGAGCCAGUAGGAGGAGGCACACAAUGGAGCCUCCUUAGCUAGCUAGCUAGCUAACAACCAUACAUCUUUAGCGUUAGGCUAGUGCUAGCCAACAGAAAUUGACAGCUUUUUGACACAGAGACGUGCUGUGAUUGUGAAGGAGAGCAGUAGGGUGUGCAAAUGAAUAGGCUUGUUUGGCUUUUGAAUACAUUUGUUGAUAUGUCAAUGAAACUAGUCAACUGUGUUAUGUCUGUGGCGGUAUCGAGAGAUGGGAUCCCUGUGUAUUGAUGUUGGUUCUUCCUGUGUUCACCUUAGGCUAGUACAAAUACACAUGGACAUUCUGUCUUUGUUUGCGUGGGCCCAGACUUCCUCCUCUCCCUCUCUCUCUCAUUUUCCUUUCUCUUAUCUUUCUCUCUCCUCCUCCCUCCCUCUCUCUCUCGAUCUCUACUUCUCUCCACCCCCUAUCUCUCUUCUAUAUCUUUCCCUCUCUCUCUCCCCCAGUCUCGCUCUCUUUCUCUCCCCCCUUUCAAUUCGAAGAGCUUUAUUGGCAUGGGAAACAUAUGUUGACAUUGCCAAAGCAAGUGGAAUAGACCGUAAACAAAAGUGAAAUAAACUAUCAGAAAUGAACAGUAAACGUUACUCACAAGUUUUAAAAGAAUAGAGACAUUUCAAAUGUUAUAUUAUUGGCUAUGUACAGUGUUGUAACAAAGUGCAAAUAUUUGAAGUACAAAGGGGAAAAUAAAUAAACUGAUAAAUAUAGGUUGUUUUUACAAUGGUGUUUGUGCUCCACAAAUCUGGAUUUGUUGUCAAAUUCAUCUCUCUGUAGGUGAGGGCUUUGUUAUGGGUGGUUGUAGAAUUUAAUUGCUCUUUUCUGGAUUUUGAUAAUUAGCGGGUAUCGGCCUAAUUCUGCUCUGCAUGCAUUAUUUGGUGUUUUACGUUGUACACAGGAUGUUUUUGCUGAAUUCUGCAUGCAGAGUCUCAAUUUGGUGUUUGUUCCAUUUUGGGAAUUUUUGGUUGGUGAGUGGACCCCAGACCUCAUAACCGUUGAGGGCAAUGGGUUCUAUAACUCAUUCAAGUGUUUUUAGCCAGAUCCUAAUUGGGAUGUCAAAUGUUAUGUUCCUUUUGAUGGUGUAGAAGGCUGUUCUUCCCUUGUCUCUUCACGGCUUUGUGGAAGUUACUUGUGGUGUUGAUGUUUAGGCCGAGGUAUGUAUCGUUUUUUGUGUCCUCUAGGGCAACAGUUUCUAGGUGGAAUUUGUAUUUGUGGUCCUGGCAACUGGACAUUAUUUUUGUCUUACUGAGAUUAACUGUCAGGGCCCAAGUCUGCCAGAAUCUAUGCAGAAGAUCUAGGUGCUGCUGUAGAACCUCCUUGGUUGGGGACAGAAGCACCAGAUCAUCAGCAAACAGUAGACAUUUGACUUCAGAGUCUAAUAGGGUGAGGCCUCUCAAGUGCUCUCCUUCUCUCCACCCCCCCGUCUCUCUUCUGUCAGUCUCUCCCUCCCUCCCUCCAGGGCCAGUAGUCCCAUGGCUCUGUCUUUGUCUCUGCAGGCUGUGCGUGGGGGGAGGUGGCUGGCUGGGCUGUAGGUGGGGGGGAGGUGACUGGCUGGCUGGCUUGGCUGUAUAUGGGGGGGAGGCUGUCUGGGCUGCUAGCAUGCAGGGAAGCAGUGCUGCAUCACGGCUCGUAAAGCGCAGACCCUCCUUCCCUGGCAUAUUCACGCUGGGUCUGACAGAUGCUCCCCUGGGAAUCCCGUCGCCAUGGUGUCAGCCGCUGAUUGAUGGCUGUCAGGGAACUAAGGGACAGAUUGGAAAAGGGGAGGGGGGAGAGGCCACUGUAGCAUAUGUCCAGCAACCAAGGGAGGAGCAGAGGGCAUACGGAGAGAGGGGAGGGGGGGAAGGAGGGAGGGAGGCAGAGAUGAGGAGGAGGGAAGGGGAAGGAGGGAGGGAGGAAGAGUCCACUAGCAUAUGUCCAGCAACCAAGGGAGGAGCGGAGGGAGGGAGGCAGAGAGGAGGAGAAGGAAGAGGGGAGGAGGAAAGGGGAAGGAAGGAGGGAGGGAGGGAGGGAGAGGCCACUGUAGCAUAUGUCCAGCAACCAAGGGAGGAGCAGAGGGAAUACGGAGGGAGGGGAAGGUGGGGGGAGGAGGAGAGGGGAAGGAGGGAGGGAGGGAUGGAGGGGAGGGGGGCGCUGUUAAAUAUGCCCAGCAACCAAGGGAGGAGCAGAGGGAAUACAGAGAGACAUAAGAGCGUCUGCUAAAUGACUAAAAUGUAAAUGUAAGAUGCUCUCAAUGGUGCAGCUGUAGAACUUUUUGCCAAAUCUUUUCAACCUCCUGAGGGGGAAGAGACACUGUCGUGCCUUCUUCACUACUGUGUGCAUGUGUGUGGACCAUUUUAAGUCCUUAGUGAUUGGACACCAAGGAACUUCUCUCAACCCGCUCCACUACAGCCCUGUGGAUGUGGAUGGGGGCGUUUGUCUGUUUUUGUACAACAACAGCGGCUGUGACCUACCCUUUCAUAACCCCUCUUUAAUGACUCUGUAUGGCCUUUCUCUUAAAUACACACACUGACCCAGAGGCGUUGGUCUAGUCUGUCAUAAAGAAGCCCCCGCCCCGCCCCACCCCACUCCUCAGGCCCCCAGGCAGCAGAGUAUGACAUCUGCCCCCUCCUUUACUAAAGUAUCUGGUAGUCCUGGCCCUCCUCCCGCAGCAGAACAGCGGCUCCGGCCCAAAUGACACUCUAUUCUCUAUAUAGUGCCGGCACUGGUCAAAAGUAGUGCACUAUAUAGGGCAGUGGUCACCAACCUUUUCUGAGUCAAAACGUAAGCCUAGAAAAUAACACUAGAGUUUACAUUAAGAUAAACACUGGCAACACACUGGUGUGUGAUGGAAAAAGGCAAUUUUUAAGGAGUAAGGUAGUGUACUGGACUUGGUUUUAUAUAGUAUAGAUCAGAGUUGGGGUGAAUUCCAUUUAAAUUCAGUCAGUUCUAGAAGGAAAUGAAUAAAUAAAAAAUUCUCAUAGAGAAGCAUUGAGGAAAAUUGGAAUUGCAAUUUCAGUUUACUUCCUGAAUUGAAUAAAUUGAAAUGGAAUUGAACCCCAGCCCUGGAAUAGAUAUUGAGGAAAAUUGUUAUGGAACGUAACUAUGACUGUUAAUGAUUUCGAAGGUAUCAUUCUUAGAGAGGAUUGUGGGUUGAUCACACUAUUCUAUGACAACAAUACUAGUCUCCCAUAGCUGUGUAUAGCUCUGUAGGCUCAAUACAGGAGUGGUAGUAUUGGAUUCCCCCUGAACAUAGCUAACUGUUGUCUGUGCGUUCCAGUAACAGGCUGGGUGAUUCCUGGCUGGCUCCCUCCGGCCUCACUUCUCUCCCUGCUGUGGUAUUUCAGUGGCCCUGCAGGGCCCGGCCUAGAUAGAAUUAGGAAGGGGUGCAGUGAGUCGAUAUACCAGGGACCAUGGCUAUAUCGACUCGUGAUGUCUGAGGAGGUCUACUGCUUUAGAGAGGCAGGUGUGUGUGAAGGAUAGAGUAAGGUGUGUGUGAGCCUGUGUGUGGCUUUAUUUUCUCAAGAUGUGUGUGUGUGUGUGUGUGUGUGCAUGCCUUUGUUUUCAAGGUGUGUGUGUGUGUGAGCGUGCGUAUGCAUAAAGGCGUACCUUAUACCGUUAUUCCCCUACUUACGACAGCUCUAUUAGUCUCAACCGCCAUCAAUCUAUAGCCAUGGAUACCAGAUACUAAUGUCAGUCUGUCCUGUAGGCAUUAGCCUCUGGUCAAAGGCUCCUACUAAAGAAGAGCGAAAGCGUGUGACCAAAGCAAAUGGCCCAUUAGUGAAUUAUGGCUGUGGUCGAGACAGGAAAUGGCCUAGCAGGGAGAUCCUGCUGUGCCUGAGCACUUUGAAGUGAAUGAGUGAAUCCCACAGAUUCUUAUCAAAUCUACUGGGCCCCUGCUGGAUCAGCACAUUUGGCUGUGAAAUUAGAUUCCAACUCUGUCAAACUUUUGAGUGUGUGUGUGUGCGCGCGCUAUCUGUUGUUUAGCAUUCCAUCUAUCUAAUGGCUAUGCUGUCUAUGAUUCCAGACAUGUUGAAUAACAUAUGUUGAAAGGUUUUAUAACCCUACAAAUGCUUACAAAGCAAACAGUUAGAUCUGCAACCCGUAUUUCAGAUGCAACCCCUCUAACCGGUGUUUGUUUUGUUUCCAGAGUGCGGCUGCAGCCCCCAGUCCUGUGAUGGGGGGGAUUCCCCCUGGGGGGGGGAUUCCCCCUGGAGAGGGGAUGCCCGGUGGACCCAUGCCCCCUGGAUUCUUCCAGGUCAGUGUUUCCUACCUCUCACACAUCCCUCCAUCUACACUCUAUGGCAGGGGUAGGCAACUAGAUUCAGCUGCGGGACGAUUUAUUUAGGUGCGAAUUGAACAUAAUUGUAAUCAUUUGUACACAGGCCAAAAAUAUAACAAUCAUUUCAUACCUUGAGACACGAUCAAAUUUGUUGCUUAAUUUCUGGACACUAUCUUUCCCCUGCUGAAUUCCUGGUGAUUUUAGUGUAUUUUAAUUGUUUUAACUAAAAUGUUGUGGUUUUGGCCUGCAGGCCGCCUGUUGCUGACCCCUGCUCUAUGGUUCCCAAUUCUUUCCUUUCAGAGGACCACCAUAUCUCUUUAUUAUCAUUUUAUAGGGGAGGGGGGGGGGGGGGGGAGAAUGUGUGGACCACCUGAAGUACCUUCCCUGACCACAAGUGGUCCCAGGACCAUAGGUUGGAGACCACUGCUUUAUUAGCUGAAUCCUAACUUAAGAUCCACAAGCAAGAAAAACUGACUUCAAUUUCUGCUGAACUCCAUUGAUGUCAAUAAAGCAUCGAUAAGUUACUGUAUGUGUGAUUCUCAAGUAAAGAGUUUAGCCUGUAUGUGCGUGCAUGAGCCACACUAUUGUGCAACUUUCCUCACUCUCAUCUGCUCUGCUGUCUCUCUGUUCUACCGCCCUGCUGACGUGCCUUCCACAUCGGUACCCGUUGUGUGUGUGUGUCAAUGAUGCUCUGCUCUGCUGUGGUCUGUAGUCUAGUUCCUGCUCUGAGCAUGUGGCUAUAGCCCAAAUGGCACCCUAUUCGCUACAUAGCACACUAAUUGUUCUUGUCAAAAGUAGGGUGCCAUUUUGGAUGCAGCCCGUGUUUUUAGUAGACAUCAGAAAAUAAUUUGUCUGUCUACCCAUUCAGUGUACUGUAGUGAAACCGGGCGGUGCAUUUGGGCCCUUAAUCGAGAAAUGGAAAGGUGCUGUAACACCUGCCGUAAAUCAAUACCCCAUGAGGAUAAACUCUUGGCAGCUUUCCCUCUGUAGUGAAGUCAAACCACUCACUUCUGUUUCUUUAGGUAGGCUAUGUAGGCAUGUUGUCUAUAGGAUUAGUCAUAGAUGUUUGUGUUUUGAAAACCAGAGAAGUAAUUACAGUAUAUGUAGCCCAACUCACUGUAGGCAUGGCUGUGUGUGUGUGUGUGUGUGUGAGAGAGAGCGAAAGAGACUUACACAUGCAUACAUACACACGCACAGAGAUCUCCCUUUAUCAGAGUCAUUUGAAUAUGUAAGUGGUGUUAAUUAAGCCACCCUGUUAACAGCAGCAUUGGCCCACAGUGACAGUGUUUGGGGGCGGCUGCCGUAAAGCUAAUUGCAUAGGGCUUAAUUGAUGCUGUGGUAAUUGGCAGAGGGGGAAAUUGCCAGUGAUGACAAGCUGGAGGCUGGCUGCUGUUCUGACUGGCAGGCAUCAGAGCACACAUUCUCUCUCGCUCUCUCUCUCUCUCUCUCUCUCUCCUACUACUGCGGAGUGAAUAAUCAACAGAUAUACCGCGCAGCUUUUUGUAUUUGCACAGCAGCCUCUCACUCUUCUCUGCUCAGCUCAGUAAUCCUCCUUUCUCUUCUCUCCUUCCCGCCAUCUGUCGCUCUCUCGGUCUCUCUGUGACGCCACAGGGUCCUCCUGGUCCCCAGGGCUCUCCUCACCCCCAGCCUCCUCUCCCUAACAGUAUGAUGGGACCACAAAGCCAGGUACUGCUGCUCUCUCCUCUGGAUGUGUCCCAAGUCACACCCUAAUCUGUAUAUGUGUAUUGCAUUUGACCUGGGCCCUGGUGGAAAGUAGUGCACUAUAUAGAAAAUAGGAUGUCAUUUAAAUUGGGACGCAACCUCUGUCUCUCUGUUGGAACUCUGUUUCUCUGUGCUUUCCUAUUUGGAAGACUACUGUUAUUUCACCCCCAUGGCUCCUCAUGCUAUCUCUGUCUGUACGCUUCCACAUCUGUCAUUCGGCUUGACGCUUUUGGAUGCAGCGCAGAAACGUCUUUUUAAAACAAAGUGGGAUAUAGGAAACCGUUAUUAUAGGUGUUUAUACACAUGUUAUAGAUAUUACAAGUGAAGCAACUACCUACUUAUGGAUGGUUGCAAUGGUUGUUUCUUCAGUUUAAUUGUGUUGACGUUAUGUUGUGACGAAACACUAAUGAAUGUAAAUUAAUUGUUUGUUUGUAGUCUUUCAUGAACCCACGCUUCGCCACAGGCCAACGAGGUCCUCCUAUCCGGAUGGGCAACCAGGUAAACAAAUUACAGUACCCCGCAUUCUCCACCACCAUCACCAUAUAGUACUAUCAUCAGUCUACCCAGCACUACUACUGUUGUUUUAACAAAGGGAUUUACCUCCGUAUGAGUUGCUGUUGGGAUAACUUGUCUUGGCAUCAUGAUUGUCAGUGUUCCUCUUUCCCCUGUCUGUCUCGUAGCCUCCUGGCGGUGGCCCCGGCCCCCAUCUCAUGCUCCAAAACAUGGAUCACACACGACCACAAGGCCAUCCUAACUUGGGACCGAUGCAGAGAAUGAGUGGGCCUCGAGGCUUGGGCCCUAUGGGUCCAGGACCCCAGGUAGACUGCUAUGUCCCCAUUAUCUCCCAUUCUGUCAGACUAGUAGUGUUACACACCAAUCUAUAAGUAGCCAUUAUCUCUCAGCAGUUUACAAAAUGCCUGUAGUCUUUCGCAGACUAGCCCCCUCAUUAUUGAAACUGCCUGCCCAACAUCACCCAUCCAGUCUCUCUCGGUUCUUGGCCUUGGUUCUUUCUGGUUAUGGUAGUCUGAUUCUUAGCUAUCGUUGCAGAACUUUGGUGGUGGGAUGCGGCCUCCACACAACGCCAUGGGCCCUGGGAUGCCAGGAGUGAACAUGAUGUGAGCCUUCUCUCUAUCACUCCCUUUCCACAUGAUGCAUCUCCAGUGUGUGUUGUUUUCUAACUGGGGUUUCUCUCACCACGAUGCAGGGGCCCAGGCCCAGGUGCUGGACGACCAUGGCCCAAUCCGAACAACGGCAACUCGGUGAGUCCAAUUUCCCCUCUAGACACACACACACACUAUAUACACUGAGUGUACAAAACAUUAUGAACACCUUCCUAAUAUUGAGUUGCACCCCCUUUUGCCCUCAGAACAGGCUCAAUUCGUCGGGGCAUGAACUCUACAAGGUGUCGAAAGCGUUCCACGGGGAUGCUGGCCCAUGUUAAAAAUCCUUCUUUAACCUGUCUCCUCCCCUUCAUCUACACUGAUUUGAAGUGGAUUUAACAAGUGACAGCAAUAAGGGGUCAUAGCUUUCACCUGGUCAGACUGUCAUGGAAAGAGCAGGUGUUCCUAAUGUUUUGUACACACACACACACCAUGAUGUUGUCGGUUCAGAUUGCAGCAGUCUGUCUGUCCUCUCUCAGUAAGAGCUCUGGAGGCCUAAUGCAUUACCAAGUUCCCCAGUCCUGGAUGUAAUUGAAGUAUUAUGUAUCCCAGGCUACGUCCUAAAUGGUACCCUAUUCCCUUUAUAGUGCACUACAGAACCCAUAGGACUCGUGUUAAAAUAAGUGCACUAUAUAGGGAAUAGGGUGCGGGACACACCCCCAGCUUCCAUGUAAGCUAGAUACCGAUUAGGUUGCUGAUGUUAGAGCGAUGCUAAAAUGAUGAAUGAUGGCAUUUUGAGAGGUGAACACCGAUUUCGAUUCCCUGUUCCUGGUCUGAAAUGUUUCUGUUGUGAUUGUUUCAGAUACCUUACUCAUCACCUUCUCCUGGAGCAUACGGGGUAAGGACACUCCCUGACGAUCACACACUUCAGUCAGACGCCAAUAUAUUAUUGUUAUUGUCCUGGUGUUUGUAGAAUUUGACCUGAUACAGAUACAUUGCUAGUGUUGUAAUUUACUGUUGAAUUAUAAAUGGUUUGUGUUCUUCUGCCACUCUCUAAAGGGAGGUUCUGGAGGAGGGGGACCCCCUGGAACACCCAUUAUACCUAGCCCUGCUGGUAGGUACCCCAUAGUCCAGUAUUAAAAAUGUAUGCACUCACUAACUGUAAGUCGCUCUGGAUAAGAGCGUCUGCUAAAUGACUGAAAUGCAAAAAAUAGUCCACCUUGGGGAACAGAAAUUAAUGUCAAAAUGUUUUGACGAAGAAAACGUCAUCUUCAAUGACUGCGUUUGCCAUCUUGGCUGUUCUCAUUGCCUGAAGUACACUUGUCUAUUGAUUAUCGUCAUAAUAAUUGAGAUUUGAUUGAUAAUCAACCACGUUUCAGACUCUAACAACUCUGGCGACAACCUCUACACCAUGAUCAACACUGGACCUGGCAACCGAUCAAAUGUGAGUCUCCUUCUCGUACCAGAUAUUUUGUAGUAGUCGCAUUGUUUCAUGAUUCUUCAUCGCCAGAUGAUGUGUCUUAUAAUCAUAUCUUAAAAGUUAACUACUCUUCCAUAAUGAAACUGUGUUGCAUCCCAAAUGGCACCCCAUUCCCUACAUAGUGCACUAUGGGCCCUGGACAAAAGUAGUUCACUAUAUAGGGUGCCAUUUGGGACAUUACCUGGCCUAGUCUGUUGUGAUAGUGGUGCCUGUCCUUUUGAUGUGUAGUAAGGCAGUGCUUGUCUCCUGCUACAGUUCCCUAUGGGCCCUGGCUCUGACGGACCCCUGGGGGCCAUGGCAGGCAUGGAACCACACCACAUGAAUGGAUCGCUAAGUAAAGCACUGCACUCUACUCUGCCAAUGUUACAACACAACAUAGUCCUCUAGAUCCUCAAGUGCCGAUUCAGGUUGAGUUCAGUUUAGAACAGUAUUGACUAACUAGUGCAUGACUAGUUGGGAAUAAUAGUUGCUGACUCAGACAAUCUGAACGUAGGCUACCUCAACUAUGGUGUCCCAAAUGGCACCCUAAUCCCCAUGUAGUGCACUACUUUUGACCAAGGCCCAUAGGGUUCUGGUGAAAAGUAGUGCACUAUAUAGGGAAUGGGGUGCCAUUUGGGAUGCACACAGUACAGUGUAGUAGACCAAGCAGUAAUGUGAAGCAAGCAGACAUUCUCAGCAAUAGUGCUAGGCUGUAGCAUAAAUAUGGCCAAUGAUGCAGUGAACGCUUUCGUCGGGCACCUUUUGCAUUAUUAUUUCAAGAAAGAAUCUAACGUUUUAAUUUGUGUUCAUAGACUAUAAACAUUUUAUUUUUUAGGCUCUGGUGAUAUGGACGGAAUCAACAAGGUGAAUACUAUAACAUGGCUAUACACAUAAAUUACUAUCAAAACAUGACAAAUCAUUUGGACUCUGAAGCUGUCUUAAAAGUUCAACUAAAUUGUGCAAUACAUUUGUUUGAACUUCUUGUUUAGCCUGCUCUUGCCAACUCCAUUGCUGUCAAUGUCAAGAGUGACAAUGAGUUGGCAGGAUGGCACUUACACUACUUGUUGUUGCCUCUUUACUUAGUCUCUUUCCUGCCCCCUCGCAGAACUCUCCAAACCAUCUAAGUGGCAUUAGUAACCCUCCUGGAACCCCGAGGGACGGUGACGAGUUGGGCGGGAACUUCCUGCACUCCUUUCAGAGUGAGAAUGUAAGGCCCCUCCCCCACCAUGCAAUAGAAAACGUUUUAAUGUUUUUUUUUAGUGUAGGAGAGGAUGGAAUUAUUUGUCAAAAUUGUAAGUAGUGUUGAAGAAAACGUUUUAAAAUGGAUUACAAUUUAUUGUUUCCUAAUGAACAAGAUCAGGUAGUCACUAUGUUUCAGUCCGUUUUCUUCCAUUUGGUGCCUAAUGAACACAACAAGAUGAGGUCACUGUUGCCAGUAAUGAAGCUUUGAAGAAGCCUAUAGUGCCUAUAGGGCAGCAUUUACUCUACACUAAAGCAACAGUCAUGGCACAUUGACACUCAAGGGAAGCCACAGUGACAGAAUCAUUGACCCUACAGUGGCAGUGUAGUGUGGGGGCACGGGGCAGUUGCCAAGUAACAGUUUUUUGGCUAGAGUGAGGAAGUGCAUUUCCUGUCUACGGUUGCAGUAUGUGGUCUAUUGUUUGUUGUGUGGCAUGCCAUAACAGCAAGCUCUCCUGAUUUUAACUCUUUGUCGUCUGUGCCCCUCAGCAGUACUCCCCUACCAUGACGAUGAGUGUGUGACAUCCCCCUCCAUCUGCCAUCACUCAGAGGAUCCGAGCUCAUAACAGGACAUGGCCAAAACACAUCAGCACAGAACCAGGGACAGGCGCCAUUUUGGUUCCAUGCAAUUCCAGAAUGCUGAUAUACACAUUUUCAAAAUGGCGACUUCUUGCGCCUCUUCGCUCCAAAUGAAGGACAGUUCUUCAUUCAUCACCACCCCAAGUGUGACGAAACCAGCUACUGAAACUACUGCAUACAUGCCAAGUUUUUUUUUAUUCUUUGCAGAAAUGAUUAUCCCCCCCGAGCAAAGAAAAUGGUUGACCUCUUUUGCUUUUAUUAUUGCUUUGUGGUGCAAGAUGUUCAGUCAUCUUAUGUUUCAGCUUAUAGCCACCUAAAACACUGAUGUGCAUUAAGCAUUGUGAACUAGGAAAAACUCUUUUUUGUUUUCAUAUUUCAGGUCCCUCGUUCAGCCACGUAG